AUGGAGAAUGAUGACUAUGGGACUGUCAGGGGGAACCAGGGCAUUAUGUUUAGUUUGCCCUUCAGUAUUAUUCCGUGUGAUACCUGCACCAGAUACACUUCCCAGCUGGGCCCAGGCCUUCAGAACAACCUGGCUCCUGCCAGGCUCCCAAGCGGCUCUUCAGCGCGAUCAAAGUUCUAUAUUCGGGAGGCACCACGUGACAGACCUGACUGGCUGAAAGUUGGACUGACCUUGGGCACCUCCGUCUUCUUGUGGAUCUAUCUCAUCAAACAACAUAAUGACGAUGUUUUAGGGUAUAAAAGAAGAAAUGGGUUGGAAUAA